AUGCCAAAGGGCAGCUUCAAGGGGGAGGGCCGUGGCCGGCGUCGUGGUUCGGCUUCUGCAAGGCCACGUGGGGCAGCCCCGCGGCAGCUCGUGCCGGGUCGCGGAAGCGGAAGCGCCGCGAGGAGCCAAAGCCAAAGCAGGCCGAGUCCGCCAAGUCCACGGCCAGGAUGGGACGAGGACACCCGCGCUCCGAACUUAUUCGACACCCGCUUGCGGAGGCACAUCUUCCAGCCGUACAGCCGUGCCGCUGUGGAGAGCGUCAUCACCGGACCGCGGCCUCGAAGAGCUCCGCCAGCUCGUGCCGUGCCCGCUGCAGCUUUCCACCACAAGCCGGGGCAGCUGCGCCGGCGUAUUCAGGUCCCCCAGCCACCGAAGCCUCCAAAGCCUGUGGAGCUCAGUCGGACGGAAGAGGCCAAGAACCUUGAGCCUGAGCUUCAAGAGCUUGCUGCCAAAAGCGUUUUUGGCAGUAUCCCAUCAGAGGCCUCAGAGCCUUUAGCCUGGCCGAAACCCUUUCAGACGGCCAUGGUGUCGACGAUGCCAGAGCAGCUUCAGGUCACGCACAUGCAGAGAAGGCGUGCCAUGGCCAGUCUCGGUGAGAAGCUGGCCAUCCUCUUGCCGGAUGGACGAUCCGAGAGCGGCGCUGGAUCGCUUCUGAUCGUGCCGCCUGUUCCGGCCGCACGGCCACCUUUGCAGCCGGAACGGCCCGAACAUCGGGAGAUUCUGCAGACUCAGACUCAGGAUGCUCAGCUGGAGAUCGUUCGUCGGCAACAAGGCAUCAAGUUGGUAGAUGCCCCCAUCCCUGCCAAAGUACAGAGCUUGUCCCAGAAGCUGUCGGCCCUGCUUGGGCCACCUGCACCCCAGCACUGCGACUCGCCAGAGCGGCGGCGAGCCACAGAGCCUAGUCAACUUCUCCGGCAAAACGCUGCGGAGGUUGUUCGCAAGGUUGACCUGCUGACAGAUGGAGUUUUGGAGCAUCUCCUUGGAGAUGCCGUCAGCCGGCUGGAUGCUCUGCCAGAGAAGCGCCGUCAACAGCACAAAACGUGCUAUGCGCCUGCAGAAGCUUGUCGGCCACAGCGAGACGAGCAAGAGGACAGGCAGCUGCAAGACCCAAGGAGAGAAAGCUUGGGGAAGCUCGUGCAGAAUGCUGAAGACCGGUUGGAGAUGUUGGAGCAAGAGCUCAAAAUGACGUACCUCCACCGCCAGGAGUCGACCUCUACGACAGGCGCCACACAGGAAGUUCGCCGUUUGCAUGCGAGCUCCCAACUAGCGCCGGAAGAGGAGGAAGAGGGCUGGAGAUUCGCUUCACUGCCAGCAGCGCGGAUCCAUGAGCUGGAACGCUAUCGUGCUCGCUUUGCGAGGCACUGCCUGGCAGCCCGGGAGGCAGGGAUCCAAAGUGGUCCUGGGGCUCGGACUGCCACCUGGGUUAUUUGGCCAUUUCUUGCCGACAGCAUCGCCAUGGCUGCGGUGGAGGCCGCCAUUGAGGAGGUGGAUGCUGCCAUGGAGGGUUACGUUAGUGGCUUGAUGGAGCAGGAAAUUGGGGAACGCGAGGAUGACGACAUAGCCACUGCGCCUGUGUAG